GAACGUACUACGCGGUAUCGUCUUCCCUCCGAUUCGAAUCCAAUGAAACUUUCCCCCAAAACAGAAGGCUUUCUCCGCCGGUCUCCUCCUAUAUAACGCCGGCGUCGCCUUCGUUUCCCCCCGUCUGCUCUCGCUUUCCGUUUCGUCUCCUUCGUUUCCCUUUCGUCCCCUCCCCCGGGAUUCGCAUCGCAGAGGAGCCAUCCAUUAUCCGCUUCCUUCCUUCCGCGCACGAGGCUAUUUAUCGCCUGCCCUCUCCUCCGGCUCCGGGAGACGCGCCGGCGGUUUGAGGUGCGGCGGACAAACAUGGCGCGCCACGGCUCCCUGCUUGCGCUUGUGCUGAUGGGGGUGAUGCUCGCCGUCGCGGGGGCGGAGGAGCACGCGGCCGAGCUGCCGCGCCCGCUCGUGAUCCAGCUGCCUUCGUCGACGACGGAGAAGACGGCGGCGGACGAGGCGGAGGCGGAGGCGCGGUGCGCGAGCUGGAGGGUGGCCGUGGAGGCCAACAACGUGUUGCCGUGGAGCGCGGUGCCCGCGGAGUGCGCGGCCCACGUGCGCCGCUACGUCACGGGCCCCGCCUACCGCUCCGACCUCGAGCUCGUCGCGCGGGAGGCCUCCGCCUACGCCCGCUCCCUCGCCGCCUCCGCCUCCGACCGCGCCGCCGACGCCUGGGUGUUCGACGUCGACGAGACGCUGCUCUCCAACCUCCCCUACUACGCCGACCACGGAUACGGGCUCGAAUUGUUCGACCACCGGGAAUUCGACAGGUGGGUGGAGAAGGGGGAGGCGCCGGCGAUCCCCUCCAGCCUGAAGCUCUACAAGGAGGUCCGCGACCUGGGGUUCAAGACCUUCCUGCUCACCGGCCGGAGCGAGGGCCACCAGGGCGUCACGGUGGACAAUCUCAAGAAACAAGGGUUCCAUGAUUGGGACAGGCUUAUAUUGAGGGCAGCAGCUGACCGCACGAAAACAGCGACGGCCUACAAAUCGGAGAAGAGGAAGGAGAUGGAGGCAGAGGGGUACAAGAUCCUAGGCAAUUCCGGCGACCAAUGGAGCGACCUGCUGGGCUACUCCAUGAGUGCCCGUUCAUUCAAGCUCCCCAACCCGAUGUAUUAUAUCCCCUGACAAAACACACAUGAUUGGCGUGUGAGAAAUGCAAAGUCUUUUAUCUGGUGCAUUUUUCAUGCCGGACCGAUUAAGCAGAGCACUGACUAGUUCAUAAAAGAGAAAAGAAAUCGUCAUUUAUACAGAUGAGGAGUUCAUACUGUACAAAAGCUUCAUUAACUUCAUGUAGCAUACAGUAAAGUUGCAAGCUCGAUUGUAAUGGAUGAGAUGAGACUUUAUGAGUAAAA